AGAGUGUGACAGAAAGAGAGAGAGAGGGGCUUAGAGAUGUAUGAUAUUUGGUGGCUUCUCCAAUGGUGGGACGACUGGCAGCUCCGCAUUCUCGUCCUGGGCAGCCUGGCCAUUCAAUGGUUCCUCCUUCUGGCUGCCCCUAUGCGCAAGUUCACCAUCCCGCACUUCCUGAGGACAUGCAUCUGGCUGGCAUAUAUAUCCAGCGAUGCACUGGCCAUCUACGCGCUCGCCACCCUCUUCAAUCGCCAUGCAAGAGCUAGCAAUAACUUGUGUGGCCCUGCUGCGAGCAAGCCGCAGCAGCCGAGCAGCAUCCUGGAGGUCCUAUGGGCUCCGAUCCUCCUCAUCCACCUGGGUGGGCAGAAGGAAAUGACGGGCUACGCCAUCGAAGACAACGAGCUGUGGACGAGGCACACCGUGACCUUGGUGUCCCAGGUCGCGGUCGCCUUGUAUGCCUUCUGCAAGUCCUGGCACAGCUCAAGCGACUGGAGGCUGUUGGUGGUCGCCGUUCUCCUCUUCAUCGUCGGUGUCGCCAGCUUCAGCGAGAAGCCAUUCGCCCUCAACAGAGCUAAAAUCAAGACACUAGCGGCUGUGUCGGCCUGGGUGCAAGGGCAAAGGAAGCCUUCCAAAUGGACGGAGCGCAUACACCAUUUUUUCAUGUUCGAGGAGAGCAGCUGCUUCAGUCUCUCAGCUCCAGCUCCAGCCCCAGCUCCAGGUGGGGAGGACGAGGCCAGCAGAAAUCAUUCGUUGCUGCAGCGAUGGUGCGGGAAGAAGGAUGGAAGGAGCCAGCGGCGGAAACCGGUGGCCUUGACAGAGGCGGACAAAGUCUUGAUGGUGCUUUCAGACAUGUCACUGCUAGCUGCCGCCAAUGAGAUGGUAGCACGAGGGAGAGCUAUCAGUGUGGGAGACAUUCUACCGCCUCUCACCGUCGCUGAGAAAGUCUUGCCGCGAUGGCUGCGGAAUGCAUUUGCCUUCAUCUACACCAGAGCUACUGUGGUUGUCACCCCUCUCUACCUGCUCUAUCAUCUGUUGCUAGUCCCCAUCCUGCACAUCGCUGCCCUGACCCUAUUUGCAUCGAGCGACAAGCACCCCUACAAGCGAGCUGACGUGAAGAUAACAUACAUCAUCCUGUGCCUCACUGCCGCGCUGGAUGUGUUCGCGUUGUUCAUCCGCCAGCUGCUAUACCGGCUCAUGUCCAUGACAGGAGUUCCGGCACUGUGCGAGACGGUACCCAGCUUUAACGUCAUAGACGCUGCUAUUUGGGAAGCUGACAAGAGCAUCGGGUGGGUAUAUAAGUGUGCCAGCCGCAUGGGCAUCAACUGCUAUUGCUUCUCCAGGCCUCAACAUGACGAUGAACUGUAUGCAAAAGUCGCACAAACCGUGAUUACCGAUUUGGUGGAUGCACGAGACCGAGACCUUGCCAGUUACAGGACCUUUCAAGAGACUAACACCAAUGGCAACUGGGCUCUAAGCAAGGAGCUGCAAGAGAUCUGUGGCGUGGAGAUAAAGAAAAGCUUGUGCUCGGUUUCAUUCGACCGUAGCGUCCUGCUAUGGCACAUCGCUACCGAUCUUUGCCGCCGCUGCACUGACGAUGCCGCCUCGGUCGAUGAUCGAGGUCAGGAACAAAAGGAAGAAGAAGAAGUGGGAGUAGCUACAGAAGAAUUAGAAGGAGCUGAAGGAGGAACCGGAGCAGAACAACACCAAGAACAUCACAGGGGUGUGAGGGACCCAGCAUUGCGGCUUCAUAAGGAGUGCACAAUUGCAAUAUCGAACUACAUGGCACACCUGCUCAAUGUCAACCCCGACAUGUUGCUGACUGGAAGCAGGCACCAUCUCAUCUCCGAAGCCGUGAAGGAACUACAAACAUACUCGUUUUUGUUCAAGAAGAAAAGGAAGUUUAAGCUGAGCCCAAGAGAGAUAGAUCUCAUUGUCGCCAGGGAGCAGUACAAGUCAGCCGAUGGAGAUGCGAGCCUAGCUUUCCACACCAAAGAGGCAUGCAAGCUUGCAAAAGAGUUGUUGCAGCUGGACGACGAUACCCGCUGGAUGCUCAUGUACCGUGUGUGGCUGGGCAUGCUAUGCUACUCCGCCAGCAUGUGCAGGGGUUACCUGCACGCCAAGAGCUUGGGUAACGGCGGAGAGUUCCUAUCUUUCGUUUGGCUUAUGCUCGUGCUCAAGGGGGGCAAAAGUUUGGCCGACAAGCUUCAGAUGCCGUCCGAGACUUAAUCUAAAGCUGGAUUGCUUGGUUGUGUGUGGUUGAUUUAUUUACUUGUUUGUUUUCUAUCACUAUAUUUCAUAAUACAAGCCGAUUUAGCUAAAUAUUUUAAUUUGCAAACACGGUUUGCAUUGUGUAAUGGAGGUGAUGCAUGCUAUGGUACUUGGA